GUGAUUGGAUCAGUCUUUGAUCAAGUGAUUAGCUUGAAGGAGAACAAAGUAGUUCCUGAGCAGAGGUAAUAAUAAAAAAAGAACAAAAAUGUAAUCCUUUCAAACUGUUUAUUAAUCCAUGCACUGUUGAUAUAGGAUGUUGUUGCAUGUGGGGGAAAUAACAUUCAAACUCCAGCAACAUUUGUGUCAUGAUAUCAGUCACCACAGAAAUAACUGUCAACUCAUUCUUUAGUUAAAGCAGUAAACAUUCAAUCAUGCUCUAUUUCAGUAGUAUUGCCACAAGGCUUCAGCAUCAUACAUGUAAACAUUACUUGCUGAUUUUGUCUCUGUAAAUGUACAUCCAGAUGCACAUGGAUACCCAAAAGUGGUGUGACAAUCUAUAUCAAUUUAAAAAAGAUGAGUUAUUUUCUGUUGUGCUCAAUAUUGUGCCAAACUUUGUGAAUAGAGUUAAACAUCCACUGAACCCAGAACAUCCCUUUAAAAGUUAAUUGUUAAUCAUAUUUAACUACUUUUUUAUCUGAAGCAAUAUAAAUCAAGCACAAAAGACAGUAAAUCAGGACACUAUAAAAAGAGCAUGAGGGUCUGUGGGGAUGACAGAGCAAGAGCUGGACACGAACAUCAGUGAAGAAUGAAGGGUUGGUUAUGUACGCUGCUGCUGCUGGAAAGCUUUGUGUUUGUGGUACAGCAGCAGGUAGAUGGAGGACUCGCUGAGAAUGAGAUCAGUCAACAGCUCAGCAAUGAGGACAGAAGACAGAAUCCACCUCAGACAGACUCUCUGAGAGAUGAAGCUUCGACUGACAGCCAACAAUACUGCCAUCUGAGCUUCCCUGACAUCCACGCAGCACUGAGAGAGCUGACCGCCACCGUUACAGAGCAGAAAGUCAACAUCAGAGCUUUAGAGACACAGCUGAGAGAAGACCUGAACAAGAAAACUGAUGCCUUAGAGACACGACUGAGGGAACAACAGACGUUCAUCCUGGAAGAGCUGAACAAGAAAACUGAUGAAAUUUCUAAUCUUACUGAGAGUCAAGUGGAGGAGCUGAGAAAGGAAAAUAGAGACAGAGAGAUAGCAUUUUCAGCUGCACUGAUGGAGUCUGGCGGUGGACAUAUCGGUCCUUUCACCACUGAUAUCACACUAACCUACAGGAACGUCUUCACAAACAUAGGGAACGCCUACAACCCAAUUACAGGUAUUUUCACAGCUCCACUGAAAGGAGCGUACAUGUUCACCUUCUCUGUCUUUGGUUAUGGUAAUCCCUCAACUGCAUCAGCUGUCUCCAUUAUGAAGAACGGAGAGAAGGUGGUUAUGGCAUAUGCUCAUCAGGCUCAGUACACUGUAAGCUCCUCAAAAGGAGUCGUGUUGAUUCUGGAGGUUGGAGAUGUUGUCUAUGUGAGACUUUGGUCUGGAACAACGAUAUAUGAUAACCAUAAUAACCACAGCACUUUCAGUGGUUACCUAUUGUUUCCCUUAAAAUAACAGGAGCUUAGCAGAAUGUGAUUCCAGUAAAACUGAACCUUUAGCAUAUGAUUUAACAUCAUGAAGAAUCAUUAACAUAUGAACCUGUAUUAAUGAUAGAUUACUGUAUGAAAGUCAGUAUAAUAUGCUAUACUCAUAUGUCCAGAGCAGUCUAUACAUGUACACAAUGCAUAAAGAGUUUCAGCAUUGAGACAGACAGGACCCAUGGAUAUCAUGUGACUCAAAGUGAUUUUUUUUUAAAGUAGCAAAUCU